GCGGCGUUCUAUGCGAUGCAGCAGCUCAAAGUAAAUUGAUUGCUUUAAAGAAAAUUCGUGUGAUCACAGUCUUAAUAUCAUUACAAUUACUUAUUUUUAAAAUUCUUAAUAGCAAAUCCCUCUAUAAUAGGAGAAUGGAAAGAGAUCAAAAAUUCGACCCACAAAAAUUAUCAUUAUUGAUAAAGCCAGUCAAACCUUCAAUUAAAUCAUUAAUUUUACAUCAGCAUAGUCAAGCAAAAUACGAUUACAUUUCUGGAGAGAAUCCUGAAGCAGUUUACCCUGAUGGACGUUAUGCAUACUCUGUAGAAUAUGAUUUAACUACAGGCAAUAGUCGUAUUCUUAGCUUAAAAACAAAUACUUUUUGUUCUGCUGGGUCUUUCUUUGAAAAUGGUACACUAAUCGAAUCUGGCGGUUCCGAAGAAGAGUUUGGUGCACUGAAUGGUUCCCAGGCGCUUCGAUUAUUCCAUCCAUGCGACGACAGUAGUUGCGAUUGGUUAGAAUUCCCUGCAUAUUUGGACACUGCAAGAUGGUAUAAUACUAUGGUAUCGCUUCCAGAUGGUAGAAUUUUCAAUAUCGGAGGAUCAACAAUAGGAACGCCCCUUAACAACGCUUCGGUCAAUAAUCCUACGUAUGAAUUUUAUCCUAAAACAUCUAAGGGUGUAAAGUUCCAAUUUCUUGUAGAUACAUUGCCAUAUAAUCAAUAUCCAGCAGUAUUUGUACUUCCCGGUCCACCGGAUCAAACUUGGUUGUACAUAUCAGCUAACAAGAAAGCUCUGAUUUGGGAUUAUAUUAAACAAGAAAUAGUUAGGACAUUGCCAGAUAUUCCUGGUGGUCCACGCACGUUUCCGGCUACCGGCACAAUAUUUCUUUCCCCAUUACAUUAUGAAGAUAAUUACGCUGCUGAAAUUAUCGCUUGCGGUGGAUCUGCUGAACAAAAACCUGAUGCAAAAAGUGAUAAAGAUUGCGCAAGGCUUAACUUAGCGAAACCAGAUUCUGGUUGGACUUUAGAACCUUUCGGAGAUUUCGAUACAGGACGUUUAAUGGGUGAUUACAUUUAUAUGCCUGAUGGCAAAGUACUUAUUGUAAAUGGUGCUGGUAGAGGAUUCGCAG